CCGGAAAGACUAGUUUAUUACAAUUGUUAGAGCAGAAUAAUUUAUGGUAUAAUUGGACGAGCAGCGUGGGCUGUGAGGCAUUUGCUUUAGCCGGAGUUGCUUUCAAUCUUUGCCAGUAGUCGAUACGUUUGUCGACCCGGAGACUCUGCUAAACAGCACUAGAGAAGAGAUAAGACUGAAAUCGUAGGAUACCUCCGUGUUUGCAAUGGAAUUGUGAAAUUAAUUACAAAUGUCCAUUAAUUUUAUCGCUUUCAGCAGUUUUGUUAGGAUGGUUGACUAUUGAGAAGAAGAUAAUAACGGGAAACAACACAUAUGGAUUCCGGCAGCAAUUCUUUACCAUCUGCUCCUGAUGGGGUUAAGAGGAAGGUUUGCUAUUUCUAUGAUCCAGAGGUUGGGAAUUACUAUUACGGGCAAGGUCACCCUAUGAAGCCACAUCGUAUACGGAUGACACAUGCUCUUCUUGCUCAUUAUGGAUUGCUUCAGCACAUGCAGGUCCAUAAGCCAUUUCCUGCUAGAGACCGGGACCUUUGUCGUUUUCAUGCCGAUGAUUAUGUUGCAUUCCUUCGAAGCAUAACUCCUGAAACACAACAAGAUCAUCUUAGGCAACUCAAACGCUUUAAUGUUGGUGAAGAUUGUCCUGUUUUUGAUGGCCUCUACUCUUUCUGUCAAACUUAUGCAGGGGGGUCGGUUGGGGGUGCAGUGAAGUUAAAUCAUGACCAAUGUGAUAUCGCUGUCAAUUGGGCUGGUGGGUUGCAUCAUGCCAAGAAGUGUGAGGCUUCUGGAUUUUGCUAUGUUAAUGAUAUAGUCCUUGCAAUCUUAGAACUUCUUAAACAGCAUGAGCGUGUUCUAUAUGUGGACAUUGAUAUCCACCAUGGAGAUGGUGUGGAGGAAGCAUUCUAUACUACUGAUAGAGUCAUGACUGUUUCUUUCCAUAAAUUCGGAGACUAUUUUCCUGGUACUGGGGAUGUACGCGAUAUUGGAUAUGGAAAGGGAAAAUACUAUUCUCUUAAUGUUCCACUUGAUGAUGGCAUUGAUGAUGAGAGUUAUCAUUUCUUGUUCAAACCAAUAAUUGGCAAAGUAAUGGAAGUGUUCAGGCCUGGUGCAGUAGUUCUUCAGUGUGGUGCUGAUUCUCUAUCUGGAGACCGAUUGGGAUGUUUCAAUCUUUCAAUUAGGGGACAUGCAGAGUGUGUUAGAUACAUGAGAUCAUUCAACGUGCCCCUCUUGCUACUAGGUGGUGGUGGCUACACCAUUCGGAAUGUUGCUCGCUGUUGGUGCUAUGAGACAGGAGUUGCUCUUGGAAUAGAAGUUGAUGACAAAAUGCCACAACACGAGUAUUAUGAAUAUUUUGGUCCAGAUUAUACCCUACAUGUUGCCCCAAGUAACAUGGAAAACAAGAAUUCCCGUCAUUUACUUGAAGAAAUUCAAUCAAAGCUACUUGAGAAUCUUUCCAGGCUGCAACAUGCUCCUAGUGUCCAAUUUCAGGAAAGGCCUCCGGAUUCUGAUCUUGGAGAGGUAAACUUCUCUCACUUAUUUUACUGCAUUUUCCCUAAUUGGCUCUUUUUUAAGUAUUUCUUUUAAUUGUGUUACAUAAAU